GUCAAAACCCUGCUUGAUUUGAUUUGAUCUCUCCCCUUCUCCUCCUUGCCGUCUCCCAUCUCCAUCAGGGAAACCAACACUUCCCGACUCAACCUAACUCACUGCUGCUGCUGCCACCACCACCGCACCACCUCGAGCUGCGGCCAUUAAUGCGCUCCCUCCGCCCCUUGCCAUGUCCAGGACCUGCCGCGGUCUGAUUUGAUCCGGCUGCGCGGCCACUUUGCUGCUCCCCGACUGUUUCAGAACCAGCAGCCGACGCGACAAGGAAGGAUGGAGGGGAGGGCGCGGCGGCGGGGCACCGGCACCGGCACCGGCACCGGCACCAGCGCGAGCCCUGGCCGCAACAAGGUCUGGGUCGAGCCGCCGGGCAAGAGCCAGCACCACCCUCCGCGCCGCUCGCCUCCGCCGCCCCCUCCCGCGGCCGCGGGGAAGAGGGUGGCGGUCGUCUACUACCUCUGCCGCAGCCGCCACCUGGAGCAUCCCCACUUCAUCGAGGUGCCGCUCGCCUCGCCGGAGGCCGGCCUCUACCUGCGAGAUGUGAUUAACCGCCUUAACGUGCUGCGAGGGAAGGGCAUGGCGGCCAUGUACUCCUGGUCCUGCAAGAGGAGCUACAAAAACGGCUUCGUGUGGCACGACAUCUCCGAGGACGAUCUGGUGCUCCCUGCACAAGGCAACGAGUACAUCCUCAAGGGCUCCGAGCUCCUGGACCGAUCGCCGCCUGAUCGGCAGCAGAAUGGCCUUAGCAACACCAAGGCCGAGAGUCCCAAGCACCCUCAACAAGAGUCUCCUCAGUCGCGAGGAUCACAAGAAGGGUGCUCGUCAUCGUCAUCCCCAUCCCCAUCUGCUGUUAUCAAAGAGGCCUCACCUCCAACUCCUACCCAGCAACCACAACAGCUGGCGCACUCCACAUUUGUGCCAUCAUCAUCUGCUUCCACCAAUCGCGAGGACGAGCAAUGCAGGACUACACAUUCUGGCUCAUCGGGGAACCUGUCCCCUGAACCAGUAGGAACUAAUGUUCCAUUAUCAGAGGCAAGCUCCCCUGGACCUUCCGAGUACAGAGUUUGCAAACCCAUCGGAGCACAGGAUGCGUCCACACAAACUGAUGACAGUGAGAGGGAUGUUCCUUCUAAACGUACUUGCGCUGCAGGAAUCCGUACAGAGGAUUGUACAUCAGAUGCUGAAAUUCAAGAGUGUCAUGAAAGAAGCACGCAAGCAUCGCCAAAGGUCCCUCUACUUGUUCGAGAAUCACCACAGGUGUGUUCAUCUGAUGCUUCUCCCGGUGGCAGAGUUGAGACAUUGGAGUCCCUGAUAAGGGCAGAGGCCAGUAGGAGGAGUAGCUAUAAUAAGGUACUAGAGGAAGAACAUCUCUAUGGCCCAAUGGGUGUGAAGCUGAAGCCAGCCAAUUUGCUCAUGCAGCUCAUCACCUGUGGGUCCAUCUCUGUGAAAGAUCACCGUGGCUUUGGCCUCAUCCCAACAUACAGACCACGGUUUACUCAAGUUGAAUUCCCUUCUCCAAUGUUCUCUACUCCUAUGGCAUUGCGGCACCUUGACAAUGUUCCUUGUAGCGCAAGAACAAUUGGAAUAAGAGUUUCUGAGUCAGAGCAUUUAAGUAGUGAAAGCUUGGUCGAGGAGAGUAAGCAGGAAGAGUCAGGGAGAGGAGAAAUACCCACACUCAAACGCUCAUCAUCUUACGACGAGGAUAGAGUGUAUACAGCGCCAGACUCUAGAAGGGAUAUGGAAAGCUUGGCCGAGUCGGGUAGUUUCAGAUGUCUCCCACAGACUAUCAAAAUGAUAUCAUGUAAGCAAUCCAGAAGUGGAACAGCAUUCUCCCCCAACUCUGAUGUCAGGUACAGCUCUAGUCAACAAGAACGUAGUACUGCAUCCUCACCACUUGGUUCAUCAAGAGGUGCAAGCAAUAGGAUGACUGACCCACUAGGUAAAUUAUCUUCAUCAAGGGGAGAGUCAUUCCAUGAGGAGAAGGACAAAAUGAUCAAGAUCGAAGAAAGGCUUGCUUCUGGAGCACGGGUUAUAAUCCAAUCUGCACCCUUGUGUGAAGAAAGUGAUGACAGCAUCGAAUCACUGGCACAACUUCUCACGACCGGCUCGGCACGAUGGAGGUCACUCACAUCACGUCCAACGCACAACGCCCGAGUCGGCCGCGCACCACGCUCGCCUCCAGUCGCUUCUAGCUUGGGUUGCCUGCCCCAAUCGAUUGCAUUGCAUGUCCAGGCUUCCGACCGAACGCACCUGUCAGGCUCGCUUGAACCUAGAUAUUGUCAGGCAUCGGCGACGGCGACACCGACCCGUGGAUUCCGAUGGCUCCAUCGAGCUCCCCGACCUCGGGCUGGGCACGUCCAUGUAUGUGACCCACUGCACUGAAUCUUCUUCUUACUUUGGUGACAUAGCAGGGACCCCAUUGUUGGUUUUGAAACGCUAGAUCGAUUCACCAGGACCAAACGUGCAAGCAGCUAGCACAGAUGGAUUGAUGAACAAUGCCACAUGCACAUGCACGCGUAGGUGAACCUGGGCUUUGCACUAGCGCUACAUCCGAUCGGUCGAUCACGAUGCCGUCGGCAGAACAUCUGCGUAACUUGGCGAUCGAUGGAAGAAACUCUGUUCGAUAGAUUGCAACAGGCUAGUCUCAAGCCU